CGGGAUCAUCUCAGAGUGUUGUGAACAAAAUCAAGGAAGGAGCAAUACUUGGAGAGCGAGUGAUGGGAGAAACGUGCGGGAUGAGCAGUUUGGUGAACAAGGGAAAGCCUUAUGUGAUGAUGGUGGCAUUGCAGUUUGGAAUAGCAGGAACUGUGCUGUUCGGGAUGACCAGUGUGAAGCACGGCGUCAAUCGUUUUGUGUUCAGUGCCUAUCGCAAUGCCUUCGCUGCUCUUUCCCUCGCUCCUUUCGCCUUCUUUCUCGAUAGGAAAGUGAGGCCCAAGAUGACCAUCUCUGUAUUUUUACAGAUCAUGCUUCUCGGCUUUCUGGAGCCGGUGGUAGACCAAGGUUUCACUUUCUUGGGGAUGCAGUACACCUCCGCUACAUUUACUUCUGCUAUUCUAAAUACUGUGCCCUCCAUGACCUUUGUACUAGCAAUCAUAUUUAGGUUGGAGCGUGUGAGGAUGAAGGAGGCAGGGGGCAUAGCGAAGGUGGUGGGAACGAUGGUGACGUUCGGAGGGGCUCUGCUCAUGGCGCUGUACAAAGGUCCCAUAAUGGCCCUAUUUCACUCUGCAAACAAUGCGAGCGAGCGCCAUGUAGAGGGAGGCCAUGAUUCCCCUCACAAACACUGGGUCAUCGGCACACUUUUCAUACUUCUCGGCUGUGCCGCUUGGUCUUGUUUCUUCAUCUUGCAGUCUAUAACGGUAAAGAAAUACCCAGCGGAACUGUCACUGGCGUGCCUGAUAUGCUUGGUGGGUAGCUUGCAGAGUGGAACGGUGGCUCUCAUCUGGGAGCAUCACUCCACCGGCGCUUGGUCUCUGGGUUGGGACUACAGGCUCUUUUCGCCUCUCUACGCGGGAAUAGCUGGAUCGGGAAUAGCGUAUUACGUGCAGGGACUGGUGUUGCAGACCAAAGGCCCAGUGUUCGUGACGGCCUUUAAUCCCCUUUGCAUGGUCAUCGUUGCUGCUCUGGGCUCCUUCCUUCUGUCCGAACAGCUCCAUCUUGGCAGUAUAAUUGGAGGGAUCAUUAUCGCGGUGGGUCUGUACUGCGUGGUGUGGGGUAAAGGCCGGGACGAUUCAGACAUGACGUCACUAUCUGUAACAGUAACGGAAUCCACGCAAGAGCUGCCCGUUACCUCAAUUGAUGUUGCCAAGAAUACUACUGAAAAGGCCAUUCAUCAGCAAAGCAGGAAAUAGUUGAAGUCCCUGCCUCACGGAGAAUUACAUAUCUCCACGACGACAAUAGAAAGCCAAGAAUCGUCAUUAUUUUUACACCUACGUGUAGUUGAAACUAAGUUUUUCCGUUUUUUCUUUUUCUGUGUAAAAUUACAAGCUGUAAUCGCGUCAUAAUUUUGUAGCACGUCAUGGUUUGGUUCUGUCAAAAUGUUGCAUAUCUUUGGCGAAAAAAAAAAAAAAUUGCGUGUCAUGUUUGGACUUUAGCUUUCCCAAUGGAUAAAUCUUGACCCUUUUGCCUGA